GCCCCCGCCCGACACGUCGGCGCUUCUGGACUGGGGAGGGUGGGGCCGGGACAGACCUAAUGUCGGAGCCUCCCCAAAUAGUUCUUGCUCGUACUCCCUGAAGAGAGAGAAGGGGGAGGGGACUCUCGUUCUGCGGUGGAUCCUGCCGGCCCCGGAGCUUUCGGCUCUUGGUUGGGGAUCGGUGCAGCCAGGGCGUCUCUGGUCCUCCGUUCACUGAAACGGACAAUGGCCCCAGAGAGGCGGGAGGAGGGGCCUGGGAUGGAAGGGGAGGGGCCGGUGCACCCGAGAGGCCGGUAAAGGGGAAACCCCUGCAGCCGGAGGCAUCUGGGGCCACAGACCGGAGAAGGGGAAUAACGUGGCCUUGUUUGAAGCCUGGGAGGAAAAGACCCGAAUUCUUCAAGCAUUCGCGGGCUCUUCUCCGUCACUCCAUCUGGACUGAGGGCCUGGCCAACGCCGGUGCUAACCUCACUCGCACCAUUUCUAGUGUUUACCGGACAUAGGCGGGAUGGACUAGAGGAAGGCACACCUUGAGCAUUCCUGGGAAGCCCUUCUCAGAAUCCUGUCUAAAUGCAUCCAAGAAAAGAGAUCAAAAGGGAAACUAGAUUGCAAGUUCAAAACUGAAUCGAGGCCUCUGAGCUUCCCUUCCAAUUCAGAUUUUGUGAUUCUCCUAAACGUUCAUGUUUUUAAAAAAUAAGGAAAUCAAACCAUUUUAAAAGUCCAAUGGAAUCACCUCAAUGCUCACUUCCUUAGGUUGGGGUUUUUUCCCCCCUUUCAAAGGGGUCUUAUUUUAAGGCAACAGCCUACUUUUAAGCAUAAUAUUUGGAUGAAUUCAAUAGAACUUAACUCCUCGUUUGUCAUCACUAAGAUUGAAUGGCCCAGACUUAAAAGUAACAUAUUUCUGCACUCCUCCUGUAUGGAACAAUUGCCUUGGAUGGGUACAGAUGUCGCUAAAGGUACAAAAAUAAAGGAUAAGAAAACUUAUUUUAUAAAACGACUCUUCAAUCAAGUAUAAUAUUUUGAUGCUUGUUGGCAUCUAAACCCUUUGCGUUCCCACUAUGCCAGCAGCGACCGUAGAUCAUAGCCAAAGAAUUUGUGAAGUUUGGGCUUGCAACCUGGAUGACGAGAUGAAGAAAAUUCGUCAAGUUAUACGGAAGUAUAAUUAUGUUGCCAUGGACACUGAGUUUCCAGGUGUGGUUGCAAGACCCAUUGGAGAAUUCAGAAGUAAUGCUGACUAUCAGUACCAACUUUUGAGAUGUAAUGUAGACUUGCUAAAGAUAAUUCAGCUUGGAUUGACAUUUAUGAAUGAGCAAGGAGAAUACCCUCCAGGAACAUCUACAUGGCAAUUCAACUUCAAGUUUAAUUUAACGGAGGACAUGUAUGCCCAGGACUCCAUUGAGCUUCUGACAACAUCAGGGAUCCAGUUUAAGAAGCAUGAGGAAGAAGGGAUUGAAACACAGUAUUUUGCAGAACUUCUCAUGACAUCUGGUGUUGUGCUGUGUGAGGGGGUCAAGUGGCUUUCAUUUCACAGUGGUUAUGACUUUGGCUAUUUGAUCAAAAUUCUGACCAACUCUAACCUACCUGAAGAAGAGCUGGACUUCUUUGAGAUCCUGCGAUUGUUCUUCCCAGUCAUCUAUGAUGUCAAGUACCUCAUGAAGAGCUGCAAGAACCUCAAGGGUGGACUGCAGGAAGUCGCUGAGCAACUUGAGUUGGAGCGGAUAGGCCCACAGCACCAGGCAGGAUCUGAUUCCUUACUGACAGGAAUGGCUUUUUUCAAAAUGAGAGAAAUGUUCUUUGAAGAUCAUAUCGACGAUGCCAAGUAUUGUGGACACCUGUACGGCCUUGGUUCAGGCUCCUCCUAUGUGCAGAAUGGUACGGGGAAUGCUUAUGAAGAGGAGGCCAGCAAGCAGUCAUGACAUGAAAUGGAUGGACAAGAGGCCUUGGAGUUUGGAGCUACACAUGUGCUUGUAUAUAGGUUUUAUCUCCAGUUAAAUCCCUUGGACAGUAGACAAUAAGGCUUUUUCUUUUUUUACCCUGCCUUCUCAAACCGUUUUCUCUUUUGUCUUUCAGUACUAAUUAUGACCAUUCCUUCCACAGAUCCUGAUAAGUAGAAGAGUCUUCAGGUUAAAUUUGGCUGUGUAAUUAAUCCAUCUGUUAGCAAGCAUGUGUGGCCAAGGGGAACAUCCGUAUCAUACUCAAUCUUUUGGUAAACAUAUCUAGUUGGUCUUAGUUUGUACCCCACACCUCUUCCCCCAUUCCCAGAUUACCAAGCACUGACUGUAACUUAUUGCCCUGUUUCAUGUCUGUCCCUUCCAGUAUGCAAGAGUUUUAGCUAUUUGAGAUUGUGGACCAUCAAUUUUGCACUUUAGAGAGUGACUCAGAUCCACCGUUUUAGCAGAAGUUUGGGUUUUCCUUGCUGUUAGCCUGAAAGUUGAUCAUUUGCCAGUUUUACACAGCACUCUCUUGUUUUGGACCCACGGAACAGAGUCAAUUUACUGUGCUGCAAAAUGUUGACUCGGCAAAGUUCUCCCACAAGGGAAGAGGGGCUCCUAAAGAGUCGAGCCCCGCUCGCUGCCUGUCCCUGGGGCUUCACGAACCCUGCUCACCGGGCCUGGUGGGUUUCGGAUCAGUCUCGGACUCUGAAUGGGCUUUGGGACUGAAGAAGUGCUUUGCGGCAGCUUUCCACCCACGGGCCAGAGCUGCCGGCACCCCCGUGGCGCAGCUGCGCCUCUGCCUUGGUCCGCUUCCUCGCGCGCUCUCCCUCCCCAACCCCUCAGCUGUCCCUCCCCCCUCCCUGUGAUAGAGUCUUAUUUACCGAGCCCUUGUUUUGGCGACUCCACAAGUCAGUAAGUCCAAAGAGAGCAAGUCACCUUAGGUAUGUCUUAUACCAAAUUAAAUUAGAAGAGACGAGAUUAUGCUUUUGUAGUUGCUACAAAGACGAAAAUGAUGAAGAGAUUUGUUGUAAAACAACAAAACGACAAGACAAGUUAGCGUGAAUAAAGUCACCUGAGGAGUGUAAUGCUUGUUUAUUUUGUGUGUAUAUCUUUGCAAUAUAUUUUCUAUAUAUUGACAGAAUAACUGUGAAAUACUUUCUUAGCCAUGUAGACAGGAGCAUGUGAGCAGGCCAGAGCAUGUGAAGGAAGGAAUACUUUGGUAAUGGGUAACUUAAAGGCUACUCAGAAAUGACGAUCGACAGCAAGUCAUGUUGUGUGUGUGUUACCUGCACUUAACUCGAGUCGUAUUAGCUGUUUGCCAGGUUGGCUUGUUCCCUCGUACUUUAACAUCCUAUUCUUGUUGAGUUACGAUGCUGUAACUGGGUGGUCCUUCAGAAAAGUUACUUGCAAAACAGAAGGUAUUAUUUGUUUUUAAAGCUUUUGUAAAUAAAGGCUUCAAAAAUGUUUUCUUACAUCUA